AUGAUCAGGUAUCAACAUUCCUUUCAAGUAUCUGAUCUCGUCAAAUUUCCCCUCAACAGCGUAAUCUUCAUACUAAAAGCGUCUCUCCUCAACUUCAUUCACCAGUCGUUAAGUUGUCUCCUUCUGUCGCCGAGGACUUAUGCAAGAAGAGCAGAAGAGCAUAUGAUCCGUUUGUUCAGAUACAAAUCCGAAUUUCUCAGGAUUGCUUCCCGUGAGGUUCUGCAGCAGCGCGAUCAGGACGAGAAGAAAGUUGAAGCAGCUCAAAGACAGCCUUUGCUUAAGGAGACCAUCUCGGCUGCAAAAGAAUCAGACGCAGUACCUCUUGGAGCCAUUGGAGGGGAUGAUUCACUUGCAUCAGAUGAGAAGGAAAUGCAAAAAUCAGAAGGAACUCCUGAUCCUCCGUCCACCAAAGCUACUCAAGCUUUUCAGUCAAAAAAACUACAGAACAUGCAUCUCCUCGAGAGCUUGGAUGAAGUCUCAACCUGGGUGGAUGUCAGAAUUCUGUCUGAACGUGUAAUGUGGGAAGGUGGAGCAAGGCCAGAGAGACUCUGUUUUGGAUAUAGGACUUGUGUCUCAGGCUUGUUAUACAUUUCCUUUUUUCUUUCAUAA